AUGGACGCGCGUGAGGGCGGAUUCGAUGUUGAUUUUUGGUGGACGCAGAUUCAAAACUUCAACGCGAGCGCGAAACCGUCGACGCGCGGGAUGAUCAAACGGCUCGAUCGGAACGAUCCGUUGGGCGUGGAUCUAGGAUUGAGAGGCGCGAGCACGCGUGGGGUAGUUCGCGAGGGAUCGACGAAGCGUUUGACGCUGUAUGAUUACGCGUUGUUGGUGAAGCGGGCGCACCCGCGCAAGGUGAGUCUGAUUCGCGUCGGGGAGUUCUACGAGUGCUUGGGGUACGACGCGGUGAUGCUGGUGAUGUACGCCGGGUUGAAUCCGAUGGGAAUAUCGGGCGUGCCAAAGGCUGGGUGUCCCGCGGUGAAGAUUCAGGAGACGCUGGAUCGGCUCACCAGUCGCGGGUUCUCGUGCGUCGUGUGCGAGGAGGCGCCGACGAUGAACAAGUACGGACAACCGCCGCCGCCGAAGGAUAGGUACAUCGCGGCGAUCGUGACCCCGGCAAGUCCAAACUACGUGAAAGGCGCGGCAUCGAUGGGGGAGGACGUGGAUUUUGGCGACGGGGGCGCGCCUCCUGUUAUCGGUCUAGCGAGUUCCGCUCUGGGAUACACGGUCGUUCAAAUCGAGCCCGAUUUGCGACGAGUCAGCGUGCUUGAAGGAUUGACCGCGGAGGCAGCCGCGGCAAAGCUCUCAUCGGGAGGGAUUGCGCCUCCGCUGUACAGGCACGAAAGUCUGGGAAGCGGUCACGCGCAGAGUGGUCGAAACGCCGCCGGGACGAGCGCGCCGAGUCGCCGCCUGCGAUGGGAGGUGCAAUCCAUCUUGUCCGCCGCCGAAGGUGUGGACGCAGUGAAAUAUUCGGGCGAUGUCGUGGAUAAAUUGUUAGAUUUAGUGCGCCUCGACCACGGAAUCAGCCCCAAUCAGAUGUUUACCCGCGUAAACGUCGAGAACAACGGUCGUCCGGCGCCACUGUCGCUGUCGACUGCGCAACAGCUCGGGAUAUUGCCCACGCGGUCAGUCCCUCCGCUGCUGACGCACCUUUUACCAGAGCGUUCCGUACCUGCGGCUUGCCGCUCGUAUCUCCAGGAACUUCUGCUUCACCCACCGCCGCCGGAAACAGCUAUGUCGAUUCAGGAGGCAUGCACUUUAUUUAUGAAAACAACCUCAGCGAUGCCCCAACUGGAGGUUUUACCUCCGAGCAAAGUGGCAAAGUUAUUGAGUCAGCGCGAGGCGAGUCAUACGUUCUUCGCGGAUCUGGCUUCGAUGGCGCGAGGCGUGAGCGCUUUGCUCACGCAUCAAGACGAGAACAUGCGACGUGCCGGGGAUCUGAUGAUCGAUCCCACGUCUCUGAAGCUCGGUUCUAAGCUCACCGGCGACAUCCUUGCGAAGUCAUGCAUUGAGGCGACGUCGAUGAUCGAAGCGGUGAUUUCGGAUGACGUACUUAACGGGGCGUUGAUCUUGCGCGAUAAGAUAGACGACCGCGACGACGAUGAUGGCGAUAGCGACGAUCGUGACGACUCAGCGUUCAUCAUGGAGGGAACGGACCAACCGCUCAAACUCGAAAAUAUUCCAAACCGGUUCACGUUUGAAAAUGAGCGAUGGCGCGGUCGAGUUCGACAAGAACACAUCUCCGAGGCGCUAGAAAAGGUUGAGAAGACGGCGCGUAAGCUUGAGAAGGUCGUGAAAGAAGACCUCAUCCCGGUGAUUGAAGAAGUCUCUGCCGAACGCAAGGGUAAGGCGAAGAAAUGCGAAUUGGAGUAUGACAUGCGAAACAACUCCUUGUGGGUUCGUCAUAUUCCGAAGAGCGUGAAAAGAUGUGAUUCGCUUAUCCAUCCUCGGGAUCGAUUUGGGAAGGAGGUCGCAGACAGAUGGUCGACCGAGCGCGUCGAAGAUGCCUUGGACGAUUAUCGUGUCGCAACGCAAAGGGCGGCAAAGGCGGUGUCCGAUACACUUGCCAACCUUGCAGAGGAUUUACAGGAACACAUCUCAUCGCUCGUCGGCGCGGCGACGCUUUCAACCGUGACGACGGCGAUUUUGGCUCACGCGAGCAAUGCGAUUAACAAACGUUGGUCGUGCCCCACGCUUCUUCCUGAGGGUGACACCGCGAGUCCUCUAAGCGUUGAGGGUUUGGUACCGUUUUGGAUGCGUAUGGACGGCGCCGAGACGGUCCCUAACACGUUCGACUUAGAAGGAUUGGUUUUACUUACGGGUCCAAACAUGGCAGGCAAAAGCACGGUACUGCGAUCGGUCGCGGCGCUCGCGCUACUCGCGCAGUGCGGACUUCACGUUCCAGCAAUCUCUGCGCAGGUGCCUCGUUUAGACUCUCUCAUCGUCCGCAUGGCGAGCACGGACUCGCCGGUGGAGGGGUUGAGUUCGUUCGCGGUGGAAAUGCUCGAAAUAAAAUCCAUGCUCAGCUCGUGUUCGGCGAGGAGUUUAAUCAUGGUCGAUGAACUCGGGAGAGGCACAGAGGCGUCGCAUGGUACUGCGAUAGGUGGUGCGGUCGUAGAAGCCUUGGAUGAGUGCGGCGCUCGAGGCAUCUUUGCGACGCAUCUCCACGGGAUUUUAGACUUGCCGCUUCGCGUAUCGCCGUACACACAACGGGCGCGGAUGGAGACGGCACACACAGAGGAUGGAAUUUUGCGACCAACGUGGCGAAUGAUACCGGGCGAGUGCCGAGAGUCAUUGGCAUUACAAACUGCACUCGACUGCGGUAUACCGCGCUCUGUCGUCGCUCGGGCUAACGUGCUUCUCAUGGAAGAGGCAAAGUUGCCGCUCAUAGGAUCGAGCAUCGUCGCGUCCACCAUGAGCGGUUUGACGAAUGAAGACACCAAUGCGCGAAAUGGCGGUGACGUCAACGCGCUGAAGAGCAUUCUCGCCGACGCCGCGACGAAGGCGUUCCAAAUGGAUGACGUCGAUGUAAUUUCUGUGGGUCCGAACGAGAUGCCGCCGUUGAGUUCCGCCGGGCAGACGUGCGUCUACAUCCUUCGCCGGGGCGACGGUUGGUGUUAUUGCGGCGAGAGCGACCACUUGCCGACGCGACUCACGUCGCACAGACAGAGCACCGUGCGACUCAUUGAGCUCGUCUACGUUGCCGUGCCGAAGGAAGCUGGUGGUAAGAGUGCCGCUCGCUCGCUCGAAUCGCGAGUCAUUCAAGCCUUGAAUCUCGCGCGCGUGCCGCUCUGGAGCGAUCAAGAUGCUUCGCAUAAGAAUUUCGGCGCAGCUUCGUCGUCGGGGUAA